AUGUCUUCGACUUUGCCUAGGCAGAUUCGUCGUGCCUACAGCCUUCAGUUCCACAAGCAUGAAGUUAUUAGUACUGGUAUGGAUCUUUUUUUGUUUCAUACGUCGAAGGAAAAAAAGGAUAUAAGGCCACUUCCAUGGGGUGACGGUCAGACUCCGUUUUUCACUGCGAUGAAACAAUAUUGGGGUUUCGCUGAUCAUGAAAAGGACUAG